UGAGCUGAAAUCUCAACCUGUUACUUGACCACCCAGGGAACCUGACUCCCUUUUCUGAUAUAACACUCCCCAAAUUUGAGGGCACUUCACCCACACUGUCCUCUUCCUGACAGCUCCCCCCCUUUUGGAUUGAAGAUUAAACUAUUCCUGGUUUUCAUCAGCUGCUUGCACACUAGAUAAGGCGCCAACUCUGCAGCCUUCCUUUACAGCAGCCUUUUAGCUGCUGCAACCCAGCUAGACCCUCUGCUGACUGCUAAUCAGGACAAACACACACCAUGCUGUACAGAAUCGACUCUAUUGUUCAAUGCCAAGACAUCUGACAAGGCACGAUAAGCUCUCAAGAAAGUUGUGAAAAAUGUUUUGGAAGCUAAGGAACAGUGGCAGCUCGGGAGACUAAGGACAGACUCUUGGAGGAGGUGACAUUUGCUGUAGCCAUUGAAGGAUGGGCAAGUUUGAACAGGAAGAGAUGGAUGUUGAGGUCUUACAUCACAAGCUGAUCGGAAGCAUCCUGAUUGGCUCCUUCCGCGUGGACGUGGGGACCGUGUACAACCAGCCUGGUCAUCAAUUCUGCGACAAGUGGGCACUGCUUACAGACCCUGGUGACAUCAGGACUGGCACCAAGGGCUACCUGAAGUGUGACAUCAGUGUGACGGGGAAAGGCGACGUCUUACAGACCAACCCCAAAACCUUCGACGCCGAGGAGCAAGUUGAGAAGAACCUUUUGAUCCCUCAAGGAUUCCCAUCAGAGAGACCUUGGGCCAGAUUCUAUGUGCGGCUCUAUAGAGCAGAGGGGCUACCCAAAAUGAACUCCAGCAUUAUGGCAAACGUCACCAAAGCAUUUGUGGGUGACAGUAAGGACCUGGUGGAUCCCUUCGUGGAGGUGUCCUUUGCUGGGCAGACGGGGCGGACCUCGGUGCAAAAGAACUGUGCUGAUCCUGUCUGGCACGAACAGGUGGUCUUCAAGGAAAUGUUCCCUCCCUUGUGCCGGAGGGUGAAAAUUCAGGUUUGGGAUGAAGGCAGCAUGAGCGACGUAGCCCUGGCAACCCACUUCAUCGACCUGAAGAAAAUCUCCAACGAGCAGGAUGGAGAUAAAGGCUUUCUUCCCACCUUUGGACCUGCCUGGAUCAACCUGUACGGCUCCCCCAGGAACCAAAGUCUGAUGGAUGACUACCAAGAGUUGAAUGAGGGCUUUGGGGAAGGUGUGUCCUUCAGGGGCCGGAUCUUGGUGGAAAUUGCUGUAGAAAUCCUCUCCGGUGGGGCCCAGGAGUCUAAGUUCUCCAAGGCUCUGAAGGAGCUGAAGCUGCCCUCCAAAGACAAAGACUCCAAGUCUUCUAAAGGCUCAAGUAAGGACAAGGCUGACAAAACCGAUGAUGGCAAAGCCCAGCAGGCUGCCGACAAAACCAACUCCACGGAGGUGGAGGUGGAAUCUUUCGCUGUCCCCCCAGAGGUAGGUGCGAGCUCUGCUCCUCAGGACCUAAGCGCCUCCACACCUCUCUUUGGAUUCUCAUCUGGGAAACGCUCUGUGGACAUGCGCUUUAUCGGUUUGUUGGGGUUGGAACUGGCGUUGCCAACACAUGCGCUGCGAGCUAUCCCCAUCCUCAGCAUCCUCAUCAGUAUCCUCAUCCUCAACAUCCUCUUCAGCAUUUCCAUCCUCAGCAUCCUCUUCAGUAUCCCCAUCCUCACCAUCCUCAUCAGUAUCCCCAUCCUCAGCAUCCUCAUCAGUAUCUCCAUCCUCAGCAUCCUCAUCAGUAUCCCCAUCCUCAGCAUCCUCAUCAGUAUCCUCAUCCUCAACAUCCUCUUCAGCAUCCUCAUCCUCAGCAUCCUCUUCAGUAUCCCCAUCCUCAGCAUCCUCAUCAGUAUCCCCAUCCUCAGCAUCCUCAUCAGUAUCCCCAUCCUCAGCCUCCUCUUCAGUAUCCUCAUCAGUAUCCCCAUCCUCAGCAUCCUCAUCAGUAUCCCCACCCUCAGCAUCCUCCUCCUGAUUGAUGGAGGGUCUCACCAUGGCAGUAAAAAGAAAUCAGCUGAGCUGGCGGAAGAAGAUGUCCUUCCUCUGUUGCACGAAGGAGGAAAAGAUGUGUCCCAUGACUCUGUCAUUUCCACGUCCUCCACCACACACCCGGAGAAGCCUCUGGUGACAGAAGGGAACAG